CCAUGCGACGCGAAGUUCGUGUGGGAUUGUCCGGUGAUCCUUUUCACACUUUAUAUAGGACAACAGUGUUUACUUUCGCUUCUUUAAAGUCUCGGUUUUUACUACAUGACUAUUUCAGAGUUCAGGUUUUUUCUUUUUCUGGUUAAAGUUAUUUCCGUUUAGUUUCGCCUCUUCAACAGUAACACGAGGAGACCUUCUUUUUUGGAAAGGCAGACACGACCUGAUGAAAUGUCUUCACGGUUUCUGCUGGAGGCGUCUCUAAUGUAUGAGGAGAAAUGCCCGGAGCUGUCACGGUAUCUCAUGCAUCUGCCAUACCAUCCUGAAAGACAACAGAAGAUAAACAAAGAUCUGGUCUACUACUUGUUGCAGAACAUGUCAUUGUGUUCAUACUGCUAUCAGUGGCUGAAGCCCGAUAAUCACCGGGUGCGGCUGCGGCCGAAGCGGCGUCCGUCGGCGCGGGUGAAGCAAGUCCUACUUAGGAAAGCCAGAGGAAAAUGGUUGAGCCUGGCGCAAAAAAAGCUCCUGAUCCGCUUCCAAAAGUCGUCUUCAAUGGUGAUGGCCACCUGCCACGCCUGCAGUAAGACAUCCAUACACAAAGGGGUGAACAGAGAUUUCAUAUCCAGCUAUGCUAAGACCCACAGCACACCAGGGAGCGCUGGCAAAUACAAGACUCCCCAGUCCAGCAGCAGAUCCAACACGACCACGCCCAAGACCCCUGGCAAAGAUAAGACACCGUCUAAUACACCGAGAUCCUCCAUUACUUCCACUACUUCAGGGUCAAGUUCUUCUUCAUCCAAGUCUUCCUUUAGAACCAAAACCUGGAUCGUUCAGCGUCUCAGCAAAAUCCUCACACGAGAGGACAGCCAGGGCAAAAAGAAGGGAGGCUUGAAGGAUUUCCUCUCCUCACUCUGAGGUUCUCGCUCACUUUUUGUCGCUACUCUCGUUCUUAAAAAACAAGGAGGAAGAUCAAUGUUCCAACUUGUUUACAGCACAGGCUUACGAGGAACUUAAAUGACAUAAGUUUCCGAGCUGGUGUGGGAAGGAUCAGUGUUGCUGGGCUGAUUGGGAGGGCGCUUCUGAACGUCCUAAUAUUCAUAACAAGAAGCAUUGAGCUUUCAAUAAGUUCCCGCACCUUCUGCUGCGCCAGGUGAAGGGGAAUGCUUCCUGAAAACUCCUAAACUGGAGUUGGUUCUCUUAAUGUCUCUGCUAUUUUUGAGGCAUCUCCAUCAAGCUUGUUUACACACCAAUAUUCUUUAGUUUUUCUGCAUCCACACAUUUAUGACAUAACCAUAGAACAAGCAGAUUUCAUACAAUGUGAUGUAAAAAGUUUUGUAAUAAAUGUUUUUGGCUAACUCUUAGCCAUUGAUCCAUUGUUAGGUAUUUAUAAAGGCAUAGGGAGGCUAGUCAUGUCUGUGUAUAUAUUUUGCCAAAGCAAUUUUGUAUAUGUAUACACAUUAUUUUGAAGGUGUAAGUCAAAUUUGACAAUAUUCACAACUUUAACAGAGAAAAAAGAAAUCACACGUUUACAAAUCUCACACACACACACCGCUUAUAAUCUGUAUAGAAAAACUUUAUUAUUUUAUUGUCUGAACAUUGAAUAUCAUCAAAACUCCUUGAGAGAUUGUUUGAUAACUCCUUUGGCUACAUACAGUUACUUUUUUAAACAAAUUCUUAAGCGCAUUAGUAUUAAAUGAAUCUAGUGGGUUUUUUGUACUGACUUAUUUCUUGCUAUCCUGUGGAAAUGUUGUUCAGUGAAUUGUAUUCUGAAAUACCUCACAUUUAUAUUCAAACUGCUUCUGAAAUUAAACUUUUUUCAAUAUUAAAAAAAACUGCUUUCACCAUU